ACCACUAGGCUGGUCAAUCUAGGUUUCCUUGUACACAGGUUCCCCCACACCCUUCACUCUCCAGGUAUACCUUGAGAGCACAGGACCUAGGCUCCCUGAUAAAAGACUUGAGACAACAUGCCUGGCCACGUGAAGGCAGGAGGUUCCAAGGAACCGGAUCCAGAUCCGGCACCAUUUCUUUUUGUCUCUUUUGAGAUGAAGAAAGAAGACUCUCUAAAGCCUUAUGAUCCCAAGAAGUCUGUUUGGGUUCCUGAUGGUGAGGGAGGUUAUGAUGAAGCAAUGAUUCAGGAGGUGAAAGGAGACAUGAUUGAUGUCAAAGUUGGUUGGGAGCCCAAGACUUUCAAAGCUGAUAAGGUCAUGCAGAUCAAUCCACCUAAGAUGGAGAAGUUUGAUGAUGUGUCCAACAUGACCUAUCUCAACGAGGCCAGUGUUCUCUGGAAUUUGAAGGCUAGAUAUGUCGCAAAACUCAUCUAUACUUAUUCUGGACUUUUCUGUAUUGUCAUCAAUCCCUACAAGAGGUACCCCAUAUACACCAAUAGGGUUGUUAGAAUGUAUAUUGGUAAGAGAAGGAAUGAGGUACCACCUCAUCUCUUUGCUAUUUCUGAUGGUGCAUACCAACAGAUGAUGACUAACCAGAAGGAUCAGUCUAUGUUGAUUACUGGAGAGUCUGGUGCUGGUAAAACUGAAAACACCAAGAAAGUCAUCACAUACUUUGCUAUUCUUGGUGCCAAUGAAAAAGCAAAGAAGGAUGGAGCUCCUGCAGAGGAGAAGAAAGCAAAUUUAGAGGACAGAAUUGUUCAGACUAAUCCAAUUCUAGAAUCUUAUGGAAAUGCAAAAACCAUCCGUAAUGACAACUCAUCUCGCUUUGGUAAGUUCAUCAGAAUUUAUUUCAAUCACAUGGGUAAACUUGCUGGUGGCUUCAUUGAUGUCUAUUUGCUUGAGAAGUCUCGUGUAACUUAUCAACAACCUAAUGAGAGAUGCUACCACAUCUUUUUCCAGCUUGUUGAAGUUGGACCUGUAGAAGGCCUUCAGGAGAUGUGCUGUCUCUCCACUGACCCAUAUGACUACUUUUUUAUCUCCCAGGGAAAAGUUAAGGUUGACUCCAUUGAUGAUCAAGAAGAAUUGGAGUUCACUGAUCAGGCUUUUGAUGUUCUUGGCUUUACCUUGGAAGAAAAGCAAAAUGCGUUCAAGCUUACUGCUGCCAUUAUUCAUCUUGGGGAAAUGACCUUCAAGCAGAAGGGUCGUGAAGAGUCUUGUGAAAUGGAUGACCCCAUUCCUGGCCAGAAUGUGUGCAAACUUUGUGGAAUUGAAAAUUGGAAUCUAUUCUAUGGUAACUUUAUCAGACCCAAGAUAAAGGUUGGUACUGAGUGGGUUUACAAAGGACAGAAUGCUGAUAACUGUCUGAACUCAAUUGCUGCGCUCGCAAGAUCUAUGUACAAUCGACUGUUCAUGUGGCUUGUUGAUCUUUGCAACCGUACUCUUAUUGACCCUACCAUGAAGAAAGUCAACUUUAUUGGUGUACUUGAUAUUGCUGGCUUUGAAAUCUUUGAGUUCAACACCUUUGAACAAAUUUGUAUCAACUUCUGUAAUGAAAAGCUUCAACAGUUUUUCAACCAUCACAUGUUUGUUCUUGAACAAGAAGAAUAUGUGAGGGAAGGUAUUGAAUGGGAGAUGGUGGACUUUGGCAUGGAUUUAGAGGCAACUAUCCAGCUUAUGGAGAAGCCCAUGGGUUUACUAGCUAUUCUAGAGGAAGAAACUCUUUUCCCCAAGGCAUCUGACAAAUCUUUUGAGGAUAAAUUGAAAGAGAAUUUGUUGGGAAAAUCCCCUGUGUUUCUCAAAAAGCAACCUGGAUCAAAAGAUAAAAAUGCCCAUUUUGCUAUUGCCCAUUAUGCUGGUAUUGUUAACUAUAACCUCACUGACUGGCUGACUAAGAACAAAGAUCCUAUCAAUGACACUGUAGUAGAUCAGAUGAAAAAGGCUGAUAAUGCUCUUGUUGUUUAUUUGUUCCGUGACCAUCCAGGUCAGCCGGAGGAAGAUCCUAACAAAGGCAAAGAGAAAGGAAAGAAAGGAAAAGACACAAAAGUAUUCAAAACUGUGUCUUCUGCUUUUAGAAACCAGCUUGAUGCCCUUUUAACAACUUUGAAUUCAACAGAUCCCCAUUUCAUUCGUUGUAUUGUGCCAAAUAACUUCAAAACACCCGGUCUUCUAGACUCAGCCCUUGUAAUGCAUCAGCUUACUUGUAAUGGUGUGCUGGAAGGAAUUAGAAUUUGCAGAAGAGGUUUCCCAAAUAGAUGCUUCUAUGCUGACUUUAGGCACAGAUUUAUCAUCAUCAAGCCAAAAGAAGUGUAUGCUGCGGGAGAUGACCAAAAACUAGCAGCUAAAAUUAUCUUAGAGGCUUGCAAAGAUGCAGAUGACAGGUGGCGUCUUGGUCAUACAAAAGUUUUCUUUAGAGCUGGUACAAUUGGUAUCCUUGAAGAGGUGAGAGAUGAGUGUAUUAAAGCAAUUCUAAACUACUUCCAAGGAAUAUGUAGAGGAUACUUGGGAAGGAAACAGCACAAAGUGGAAAUCGCCAAAAGAAACUUUAUUCCAGUAAUACAGAGGAACUUCAAGAAGUAUAUAUUUUUCCGUGACUGGACAUGGUACUUUUUGAUAAAUGCAACCAAGAGGUUUAUUGGCCAGGUAAAUAUUGAGGAUGAAAUUGCUGCUUUAGAGGCAGAGGCUGCAAUCGCUUGUGAAGCAUAUGACAAGGAAGUUACAGCAAGAGAUGGUUAUCUUGCAGGAAUCAAGCAGAUGACUCAGGAUAAGAAAGAUAUGAUGCAUCAAAUUGAGCAAGAACAAGGAGACCUGUCUUCAUAUCAGCAAGAUCUUGCCAAAGCAAGUGCUUCAAAAGCGGAAAAAGAAGAUGAACUUGCGAAAACACAAAGAACCCUCUCUGACACAGAGGCAAGAAGGAAUGAGAUGAAUGAGAAAAAACGAAAGUUUGAGACUGAUCUUUCAAGCUUCAGGAAAGAUAUUGAAGAUAUGGAGAUGGCCAUUCAGAAAGCAGAUCAAGAAAAAACUAAUCGUGACCACACAAUUAGAAAUAUGAAUGAUGAAAUUGCUCAACAAGAUGAGCUUAUCAAUAAGCUAAACAAAGAGAAGAAGCACAUGCAAGAAACUCAAGCAAAGUCUAGCGAGGAGCUAACUUCUGCAGAAGAAAAGCUUGACCAUCUCAACAAAAUAAAAGCUAAGCUUGAGGUUACUUUGGAUGAAUUAGAGGAUUCUCUUGAGAGAGAGAAGAAGGGUAGAUUGGACAUGGAUAAACAGCGAAGGAAGGUAGAAGCUGAUCUGAAGGUUACUCAAGAAAUGGUAAAUGAUCUUGAGAGAGAGAAAAAAGAGCUGGAAGGUCUUAUUGCAAAAAAAGAGAAAGAAGUUUCAGGAAAUCAAACAAAGUUAGAAGAAGAACAAAACGUAGUAUCCAAGCUUCAGAAAACUAUUAAGGAAAUGCAGGCUCGCAUUGAAGUAAAUGAAGAAGAGCUUGAAGCUGAGCGUCAAGCAAGAUCAAAGGCUGAAAAACAGAGGGGCACUCUUGCUCGGGAGUUGGAUGAUUUGGCAGAGAGACUUGAUGAAGCUGGAGGAGCAACAUCUGCUCAAAUUGAGCUUAACAAAAAGCGAGAGGCUGAAAUUGGAAAACUUCGCAGAGAUUUAGAAGAGGCUGCAAUUCAGCAUGAAUCUACUCUUGCUAGCCUGAAGAAAAAGCAUCUUGAUGCAGUUGCUGAAAUGUCUGAACAAGUAGAUCAACUGAACAAGAUGAAGCAGAAGGUUGAAAAAGAGAAGCAUGGCAAAAGGCUCCAGAUUGAUGAAGUUAAGGGAGGUAUGGAUACAGUUGCUAAUGAAAAGGCCACUGUUGAGAAACAAAACCAUCUUCUUAACCAACAAUUGAGUGAUCUGACCAGAAGAUGUGAGGAGGCUAAUCUAACUCUCUCUGACUUUGACAAUUCAAAGAAAAAGAUUGUCAUUGAAAAUGCUGAUAUAUUGAGAAACAUUGAAGAGUUGGAUAACAACAAUAAUGUUUUGAGUAAAAUUAGGCAAACCUUGAGUGCUCAGUUGGAUGAGCAGAGAAAAAUUGCUGAUGAUGAAGCAAAGGAACGGGCUUUUCUGCUCGGAAAAUUCCGAAAUCUUGAACAUGAGGUUGACACCACCAGAGAGCAACUUGAGGAAGAAACCCAAUCUAAGGCAGAUGCUCUUAGAAUGCUUUCAAAGUCUGUUGGUGAUGCUCAAAUGUGGAGAAUGAAGUAUGAGAAGGAUGGUCUUGCUAGAUCUGAAGAGUUAGAGUCAGCUAAAAUGAAACUGCAGUCAAGAUUGGCUGAAGCAGAGGCUACAGUUCAGAACUUCAACAACAAAGCCAUGGCUCUGGAGAAGGAGAAAAUGAAGCUUCAGUCUGAAAUUGAAGAAGUUGGAGGAAUGUUGGAUGAUGCUCAGGCAAGAUGUUUCCAGAUGGAAAAGAAAGCAAAAAAUUUUGAUAGAAUUGUUAUUGAAUGGAAAAACAAGAUUGACUCUCUUCAAGCUGAACUUGAUCAAACUCAGGUAGAAUGCAGGAGCUACUCUACUGAGCUGUUCAAGGUGAAAACAGUCUAUGAUGAAUCACAGCAACAGCUUGAUGUUGUUCGCAGAGAGAACAAGAAUCUUUCAACUGAGAUUAAGGACAUAAUGGAUCAAAUUGGAGAAGGAGGUAGAACUAUUCAUGAAAUUGACAAAAUCAGAAAGCGUCUGGAGAAUGAGAAGCUUGAGCUUCAAGCUGCUCUUGAGGAAGCUGAGUCUGCACUUGAGCAGGAGGAAAACAAGGUACUUCGCUCACAGCUAGAGCUAAGUCAGGUCAAGCAAGAAAUUGAAAGAAGAAUUAAAGAAAAGGAAGAAGAAUUUGAUGGUUUGAGGAAAACUCACCAGAAGGCAAUUGAGUCUAUGCAGUCCUCUCUUGAGAAUGAAACAAGAGCCAAGGGAGAAGCUAUCCGUCAGAAGAAAAAGCUUGAAUCUGACAUUAAUGAACUGGAUAUUGCUUUGGAGCAUGCUAAUGGAUCAAAUGCUGAAUCUCAAAGAUCUAUCAAAAGAUACCAGCAGCAAAUCAAAGACAUGCAGCUAACCCUUGAGCAGGAGCAAAUUCAUAGGGAUAAGGCAAGAGAACAACUUAUCCAAGCAGAAAGAAGGUCACAUGCUGUCCAAAAUGAACUUGAAGAAUGCAAGACUCAGCUUGAGCAUGCUGAUCGCCAGCGUAGAACUGCUGAGCAGGAGCUGUCGGAUGUUUUGGAACAACUUUCUGAUACUACCCUUCAAAAUCAAGCUCUUCAGUCCAGCAAGAGGAAGCUUGACUCUGAAAUGCAAACCAUGCAUGCUGAUCUUGAGGAAAUGCUGACUGAAAGUAAAAUGGCUGAAGAAAGAGCUAAGAAGGCUAUGAUUGAUGCUGCUCGUCUUGCUGAUGAACUAAGAAUUGAGCAGGAAAAUGCUCAAUAUUGCGAGAAAACAAGAAAGAGCCUGGACUACCAAGUCAAGGAUAUGCAGAGCAAGCUGGAUGAAGCAGAGCAGUUGGCAAUGAAGGGAGGCAGAAAGAUCACUUCCAGACUUGAGCAGAAGAUUAAAGACUUGGAGAGUCAAUUCGAUGAUGAGCAGCGAAGGCUUGUAGAUGCCCAAAAGGCUCAACGUAGAACUGAGCGCAGAAUUAAAGAACUUACUUUCUCUCAAGAUGAAGAUCACAAGAACCAUGAGAGGAUGCAAGAACUGGUUGAUAAACUCCAGAACAAGGUCAAAUCCUACAAGAAGCAGAUAGAAGAAGCUGAAGAAAUUGCUGCUCUGAACCUGGCUAAGUUCCGCAAGGUUCAAGCGGAUCUUGAACAAGCUGAAGAGCGUGCUGAUAUCAAUGAGCAAGUGUUGGCCAGAUAUAAAGCAAAGGGCCGUGGAGGUUCUGUUGGCCCCAUGAUGUAAAUUAGGCGAUCAUCUUAUUAGUAAAAUCCUAGUGAUGCACAACUCAAGUACAUAAUAUCAUUACUGAGCUACAAGGGAUUUAUAUAAUUGAGGAAAAAUUCCAUAGCUUCAAUAUAGUUUAAAGUGCAAUUUAUGUAAUUCUGAGAAUGUGCUGAAAUAGUAAAAAUAUAGAAAUGCAUAUUAAA